CACCCCUUCGACACACUUGGUGCAGAUAAGCUGCGAAUGGACGCGAGAAUGGUGUAUCUCCGCAUCAGCGACAUGCGCAACCACAUCACUCGCAGACUGGUGGGCACAUACUACGCAUCUUGACAGAACAGGCUUGCCGUAACUAACCAAUCUUGCGUGUGUGUUUCACUCUCAGGCGACCAUGAUGGAAAAGAUCUGCGGUAUUCAGUCGUCCCAGGCCACAAUGAGGGACUUUGCUACUCGGACUGACAUGCGUUUCGACGAGCUCGAGUCCCUCCGGUGCCAGCCAAGCCAGAAGAGAAAAAUCUCGGGAUCCGACAUGCAUCUGAAACCGCAGCAGUCCCCUGAGGUCUCGCCUACCUCGUCUGCAGGGCUGCGCUCUGUCCCUUCCCUCGAGUGCAGCGCUCGUCUGGUCGACGCCCCGCCCGUCUCCUUCACACCAUCGCCUGGAGGCCACCAAUCCCAGAAGUCGACUCCCGACCGGCCCGACCCGACAUCAAGCAAUCCAGCGCCGCCAGAGCGAGCUACGAGUGUCAUUCCUGAUGCCCCUGCGCUCCCAGCAGUGACACCGGACCAGUCCCAGGUGGCGUCGAUAACGAGCGGCAGCAAUGAGGACAUUUCACCGACCGGGGCCAAGAGCAUCGUCCGCAACGUAUCCAGUGUCGGCCGCACGCGCAAGUCACUGAUGCAGGCCUUGUUGCCGAGUACACAUGACAGCAAGUGCCUGGAUCCGUGCCUGCGGCCGUCUUCCUCGUCAUCAAUCUGCAAGAGCGUCGACCGAACUCCUGACCGAAGCCGAGAAGGGGACAAGGACGAUCCGGGACAAGUCAAGCUGCACAAUGCUCCGCUGCCGGGUGUCACUGAGUCACACCAGCUACCGCUCGACGCGCCGCCCCCUCUUCACCCGUCAGACCGAGAGGUGUCCUUCAGGAGCUCAUCGGCUUUCCAAGACAAUGUGGUGGAAAAGACGUCUCCCUUGUCUGUGCUGCCGCGCUUGGGUGACCGGCGGCCCACGCAGCUGCAUCUCGGCGUUCGACGCUACCUCUCUGUCCCGGCUGCUGGCAAAGAGGAGGGGCAGGUGGAGUCAAGCAAGACGCCGGCGAGCGUUCCAGCAGACAAGAGGAGACUGAAGUCCUUUGACGAAGAGGCGGCGAGAAAAAUGAUAGAGAAGGAAAAAGAGGCACAUGAGCACAAGAGCACGGCUGAUGAAGGCCCUGACAAGAGCCAGAAGGGGGCGGAAUUUGCGGUGCUCGUUGCUGCGGCCGUGACCAUGGGAAGGCAGCCGAAAGAAGCCACUAGCGAGACGCCAACUCCUCUUGCCAUCGGCCGACAGACUGAUGUCCUUGUCAAAGGGAGGUCCAAGCUGCCAGCUGCCCACCCAAUCGGCCCACCCCGCUCGUACACGACCAGCCUGGCCACCCGAUCAGCACCUCAGCCCCAUCUGCUGCAAGUCCCGAACUCUACUCCGGCUUCGCUAGAGGUAUCGCCACGUGCCACUCCCAUGGGCGGCUGGUCGCCGUACACGAGGCCAACAGGCUGGGAGCUGCGGCCGCCGGGCACGCCGCCUAUAUCGGAGCUCCAAAGCCAGCCGUCCUCUUCCUCCCUCACACAUCGGAGCGCCUACUACACUCCAAUGGAGAAGAGCGACAGCUUCGACAGCUUCGAGCUGUCGGUGUCCUGCGAGACACCCGAGCUUCAACGAGGCCCCCGCGAAGACAUCUGUCCCCCGCCCCUCAUCACAGACUCCGCGGGCGAUCAAAGCACGGCCGCCGACACCACCCUGCCGACUGUCAAGAGCCCUUAUUCGCGGCCGUUUCUCCUGAAGGAGGAGUAUAUGGAAGGCGGUCUGAUGCAAUCUGACAGGGUGCUGUAUUCGAUAGGCGAGAGGGGCGAAUCGAUUGAGUCAGAGGAGAAGAUGUCUCAAGGCACAAGCAACGUCGGCAGCGCUUCAUCUGUCAAAGGGAAGGAGAGCCCAUGCUCGACGACAUGAGCCCUUCCCUCCAUACUCAACUUAUGCGAAUUCGGCGUCGGCGUCGCGUAUUGUAGCAUACUGUACUAAAGUUCUUAUUGCUACUGUUCUAUGCUAGCGCUCCUCUUUUUGCAACUUAUGCUAGCGCUCCUCUUUUACGUCAGAGUGACCUGGGCUGUGAUGCGAGGCGUGCCACAGUGCUGAAGAGAGAGCCCGGAGAGUGGGAGCCUUCCGAUGUCUUACGUCAUGAUAUGUUUCUCUCAGGCUCGUCUGCGUGUGCAUGUCUACUGUCUGUGUUCUGUACAUGUCUAAGGGUGUGUGCACUCUUUCUCUUAGCUUUCAUACCCUUCGAUUGGCAUUGCGCCGGCGUACAUACGUACGGUCCGUGCAACGCUGCACCUGUACUGUAUAUAUGGAGAUAGCGUGCUGAAAUCAGCACCAUUCUUGGGUAGCGGCAUCGUAGACAGCCUUUCUAUUUUUCUCACACACAUUCAACGAUGCUGUGUGUCCCUUCUGUCCCUCUCAUGUAGACUAGUUUAAGGGUCGACGACCACCAUUAGUUUUCCCUGCUGGAGUGCUUUGGUAGAUAUGCGUACCUUUGUAGAUCUAUGCGAAAGGGAGCGCGCCUUUUCAGGCUUCUUUUUCCUGUCUGUCUGCGUUCCAUAUGUCUGGGAUGUUGGGGUGACAGGCGGGAGCCAUUCGUCACCCCUCCUUUUUUAGUGUUCGAUCGACCCCUUUGCUUCUGUUCUAUACAUUUGGUGUCUCCAUGUUUGCGUCCGUGUCUGGGAAGAAGCGACACGGGCACGCGACAGCAGUGAUGACAGCUUCUUGUUGCGAUGCGACGGACUCCUUAACAGGACAGUGACACGUCCAUUAUCGA